UUGUGAGAAACAUUCCUGGCCCUUUAAGAAAGAACAACUACCGUUUAAAGCCAUAAUCGCAAUUACAUACUGGACGGGUUUUGUCGAAUUUCACCAUUCCUGUUUAACUAAAGGGCACCGCAGGACUGCGAGGAUGUACACUACCGGACUGAACCCGUUUUAUCCGUCUAAUUUUAGUCUUUGGUCAGCGUACUGCUCAAGUGGUUUUGCCCUGGAUUCAAUGAAGAAACCUUCCUUUUGCAUCGCCGAUAUACUGCACGUUGGAGACGCGGAGAAUAUCCACGGGUCUUCGGCGCUCAUGGCUCAUUUGGGACCCCGGGGUCCAGUUCACGCUUCUGGAUCUCCGCUGCGUCCUUCUCCGGUAUCCCCGGAUCCCUCCGUCUUCGGCUCGCGCGUGAGCCCCGGUUCUCCGUACCACAGACACGGAAUACAUUUGACCUCUGUUUCCAGAGUGACGCUCAAUUCUCAGCAAGCUCCAGCGCCGUCGAGCAAGGACCUCAAGUUCGGGAUUGACCGCAUAUUGUCAACAGACUUUGACCAAAAAUCAAAGGAGACAUCAACGUUAAGAGAUCUCACGUCCAUCGUUAGCUCGAACCGUCAGGCAGGCGUCCAUAUGACCGCGCAGUCCGCAGCCAGCCAGUACUUCGCCUCCUUAGACCCCGGGAUCGGCGACCCGUCCGCCGUGUUGGGCGCUAUGGGCGGCGUCACCAGGCACGCAGGCCAGCACCAGUUUCAGGACACCUUCCCAGGUCCGUACGCGGUCCUGACCAAAGACACCAUGCCACAGACGUACAAGCGGAAGCGCUCGUGGUCGAGGGCGGUGUUUUCCAACCUGCAGAGGAAAGGGCUCGAGAAACGAUUCGAAAUCCAGAAGUACGUCACCAAGCCGGACAGGAAGCAGCUCGCCGCGAUGUUGGGACUGACGGACGCGCAGGUCAAGGUUUGGUUCCAAAACAGACGAAUGAAAUGGAGGCAUUCGAAAGAAGCGCAGGCGCAGAAAGAGCAGUCGGAUAAAACGCUGACGGAAGCCGACCCGAAGGACCAGGAGUCCGAGUGCGCGAGCGACCCGAGCGAGUCCGAGUGUGAGGACGGCCCGGAAAAAAGUGACGUUGACAUUACAGAGCACAACAAGACGAGCGUCAUCAUGUCCGGAGCUGCCCCUUUGAGUGUCGACGAGGAGGCACCAGUCAAUACGAAUACAGAAACUGCGGCGUCAUCGCAAAUAUUGUUAUAAAUGUACAAAAAAACAAAUGUUCAAUGUUGUUGUGAUGUAAGUAAUAAUUUAAUAUAAACGCAUUCAUAUCGCUGUAACAAACGAAAAUAAUAAGAUUCAGUCGGAGGUCAUAAGAAAAAAGUCUUAAAGGAAAGAGGGCCAAAAUCAGUUGGGGUUAUAUUAUUUCAUGUUGGACUCGCCACCCUGCUCAAGACAGUCCAGCAAAUUAAAAUCUUCCUUUAUUAAACAGAAAUGUCAUGCUAUAUAUUUUCUCAUUUGGAUCACCUAUUAUAAACAAAUACCUUCAGAAAUAUACCACUUGGUAAAUGUGAUACCUUUUGACUGUCGAUAAAUGUAAUUGUACAAUAUUUUGUCAAUAAUUUUUGCACUGAACAUAAUGUAAAUAAAAUGUUUCUUGUUUUCUUCAUGUAAUUGCGAAAUCCAUUUGCGUGGCAUUAUUUUUCCAUGUAAGUGUUGUAUCAUUUUCAUUAUAUACUCUCAUAGAAUUAUGACCACAAUAUUUAUUUUAUGUUUUAUGUGUAUAUGUAUAACCACCACCCACUCCCCAAACGAUGGAGGCGACGCUGUUUU